CUAGAGCGGCGAAGCAGCAAUCUAAGAAGUCCCGGGCCCAGAGGGCUUCCCUCCCAUAGCGCAGGCGCCUUUCUGUCCCCAUAGAGCUCGGAUCGCCAGAGCGUCGCGGCGGAAACCAGGCGCUCCGAACCCGCCUCUCAGUGACCGGACCCAGGUGGCCCCCCACAGGGAGGGGGGGGUCUGAGGUGGCGCGCAUGCGCCAGACAGGGCAGUGCCUGAUUGGUCCCGCAGCGGACGCGGGUCGGCGUGGCCUGCGCAAAAGCAGCCGGAAAUCCCGCCGGGGAAGCUCGCCCGCGCGGUGGGUCCUGCCUGAACCCGGGCCUCCCUUCGCCCCACCGGUGCAGCCCGGCGGCGCGGUUGCCAUCCGGCCGGUGCAGAGGCUGCGAGAUGGGCGGCAGAUGAACGGGAAGAAGAAAGGAAAGACUCCCCGCUGCGCCCGAUCCCCGCAGGGCCCGCCGGGAGGGGGAGGCGGCGCGCCCGCUGACCGCCCGUGCUGAGCCCGGAGCAGCCCCCGGCCCGCCAUGGAGGCCCGGAAGGCUGCGAGGUUCGCCCUGCAGGCGCAGGAGGAGGAGGAGGAGGAGAUGGAGCCUCUCUUCAAACCGGUUUCAGCAGCCGGAGCCACAACAGUCCCUGCUGCCUCAGCAGCGCCCAGGGGGGCAUCCUAUGCAGACUACAUCGUUGGGCAAGCCGUGGCCACCUCCUCCUCUGCCGCUCAGCAGAAACCCACCUGUGCUGCUCCGGCUGCAUCGGCCUGGAGCAUCUCGGAAGAAGCCCCUCCUCAGAACCAGGAGAAGAACGUGGUGCCCCCCAAAAGCACAGACAGAGGCUCCCCCUUGAACCCCGCAGGCCCCAAAGCAGGGGCCAAGCACAACACUAUUAUCGUCAGUCCACGGCAGAGGGGGAACCCCAUUCUGAAGUUUGUCCGUAAUGUGCCUUGGGAAUUCGGUGAAGUUCUCCCAGAUUAUGUAUUGGGCCAGAGCACCUGUGCCCUUUUCCUGAGCCUCCGGUACCAUAACCUGAAUCCAAAUUACAUCCACGAGCGGCUGCGUAACUUGGGGAAGACAUACCAGCUGCAGGUGCUCCUGCUUCAGGUUGACGUGAAAGACCCCCACCAGGCAGUCAAGGAGCUGGCCAAGAUCUGCAUCCUUGCUGACUGCACCCUCAUCUUGGCUUGGAGUCCGGAAGAAGCCGGACGGUACUUGGAGACGUACAAGGCCUACGAGCAAAAGCCGGCUGAUCUGCUGAAGGAGAAAGUAGAGCAGGACUAUCUCUCACGGGUCACCGACUGUCUGACCAGCGUGAAAUCCGUGAACAAAACAGACACCCUGAGCCUGCUCUCCACGUUUGGAUCACUAGCCAACGUCGUGCAGGCGUCCAAGGAGGACCUUUCCCUGUGCCCUGGUGUUGGGCCUCAAAAGGCCAAGAGGCUCUUUGACAUCCUUCACGAACCGUUUCUGAAGGUGCCCAAGUGAGGAGGGGACGACGGACCCAGGACGAUGCACAACCUCCUUUGAAACUCCCAGAAGACCAACCACACAACUCCCUCGGGGGAAACCUUAUCUUUGCUAUGUGAACAUUGCGCAACAAAGCAGACAAUAAAACACCCCCAUUAGACGCUCAUGGC